AUGUUAUCGCCUCCUCUAUCUUCCCUUUCUUUCUUUCUUUCUUUCUUUCUUUCUUUCUUUCUUUCUUUCUUUCUGUGCUUUCAUUUUCUUUCUUUCUUUCUUUCUUUCUUUCUUUCUUUCUUUCUUUCUUUCUUUCUUUGCUUUCAUUUUCUUCGUUCACCAUCUUUCUUUCUUUUCCUCGUAUCUAUCUAUCUAUCUAUCUAUCUAUCUAUCUAUCUAUCUAUCUAUCUAUCUAUCUAUCUAUCUCAUUCUCUUCAUUAUUUAUCUAAAUUUCUUCAUUUCUAUCUAUCUAUCUAUCUAUCUAUCUAUCUAUCUAUCUAUCCCAUCAAUUCAUUAUCUAAUUUUCUUCAUUAUCUAUCUAUCUAUCUAUCUAUCUAUCUAUCUAUCUAUCUCAUUCUCUUCAUUAUUUAUCUAAAUUUCUUCAUUUCUAUCUAUCUAUCUAUCUAUCUAUCUAUCUAUCUAUCCCAGUCUCUUCAUUAUCUAUCUAUCUAUCUAUCUAUCUAUCUACAUCUUAUCCAUGUAUCUAAUUGUGUUCAUAUCUAUCUCAGUCUGUUUAUAUCUAUCUAUCUAUCUAUCUAUCUAUCUAUUUGA